AGCCUCCUUACCGCGCAUGAUAUCUGCCUUACGCAUGCUGAGAAUGUGGAUUCAGCACACAAGUGAGUGUUUCUGCGCUGUAUCCUUAUGAGAUAAAUACUCUGCUUGAAGACUACACGCGCUGAAGUGUCUGCUGUUGAUGUCUGCAACGGUGCUGUUUCAUCAUGUGGCAAAGCGUCAUCUUUAUGCCCAUGUACAGCGCGUCUUCAUCUUUAGAGCCCAACGUUUGUCAUCAAAAUUGGAAAAUGGAGAGCAAAAGAGAGAAGAAGAAGAAGAAACGGAAAGCACACUGGUGUACAAGCCCUCGGCUUACUACCAGACACCGACGGCAUGUUCCUCUACGGCUGGCCACUUAGAAAUUGAAGGAUUGUCCUAUAGUCUACCCUUAAACACAACUUUCCACCAGUGCAACCCGUACCAUAUUAGCUCCUCCUCACGACGGCUCUCCAGCACCAAGAAUAUGCUGUUAAACAGAGCUGAAUCAGCCAAAAUAGCCACCAAAGGGCCACGUGUCAACGGUGACCCACGAGCCUUUCAGAGAUGUCGGCCUGAAUACCGCAACAUGGCACAUGACAUCUCCCACCGCUCGUCCACUUUAAACCUCAAUGAAGCCUUGCUAGUCCUUGAAAAAGUCACGGUCCUAAAAGGCAACAUGGGACCUCCAGACGCAACUAGUUUCUUGUGCAAACUCAGCCAGAUUCCCCAUGAACAGAUCGCGGUUGUGAGGAGAGACACGCGGUUCAACGCGCUACUGCAGUACAGCGCCGAGAUCCUGCCAAACUUCACGUUGCCGCAGUUAUUAGACGCGCUGAGGUCCUUUGUGAACUUGGGAUUGCCUCAAUCCCAUAGCAUACUGGGAUUGUUCGAAACUGAGUUCUGCCAGAGAGCAAGUGAAAUGGAGCUUCACCAGUUGCUGCUCACCGCCGACUUGUGGCGAUGCCUCGGUCGAUCUGUUCCUCGGUACCGCGAGAGACUCUUUGACAACGUGAUUCGAAACUUCAACCAGCUGGGUCUUCCAGAGCUGGUUCAGCUCUUGUACAUCAUUGGAGAAGGAAGGAGAUGUCCGGAUACCCUCGUUCAACCCGUUGAGUCAUUACUUAUGCGUCAUUUGGAGCAGUUGAAGCCUGAAGAACUGGGCGCCAUUUGCUUAGGCCUCUUCAAAUCACAGAUCACCCUGUCCGAAAGAGCGACACGCCGGCUUGUGGACAGGACGCUUGCUGUAGUCAAGGAUAUGAGUGAUUUCGGGAUCGCCAAUGUGAUGAAGCUUAUGCGAUUUAGCUAUCUAGACCAUCUUCCGUGGUUGGAGGCCAUGGGAUCGGAGGUGCCUCGACGGGCUCCGCGGAUGGAGGUUCAAGGCCUCAUGCACGUUGUCUUGGCUUGCUCCGCUCUGCACUACCGGGAUGAGCGCAUACUCCUGGCUGUGGCCGAACAACUUCCCAAUGUGGUCAGUCGGUGCAGGAGUAAAGAUGCUGCAAAGAUGCUUUGGGCCUUUGGAACGUUAGGAGUUCUUCCCAACCAAUGUCCCAAACUUUAUCCCUGUCUCAUUGAGAUCUUACGAGAACGUCAACUUGAGUUUCAGCGAUUCCCUGAGCAUCUGCUGACAGGUCUGCUCGGUCUUGCUUUUGCUGGUCUGUUUCCCCAAGACUUGCUCAGUCUGGCUUUAAGUGCAGAGUUCGUCAACAAGGCUUGUAAUUCCCAGGAGCUUGAAUUGAAGAAAGACUUAUUCACCUUAGAUGGAACUGUUGGCCUGGAGUUACCCGAGUCGACGGUCCCAAGACUUAGUCACGCAAUGAGGGAAGAAAUGACUAAGCAACUAUGGGAUUUUGCUCAAUCAGAUAUCUGCCAGAAGCCUGAGGUGCUUGAGGCUGAAGCUGUGUUGCAGAAACUUCUAGGUGGAGAGAUGUUUGUACGCAAACACAUGAUACUUCCGCAUUUGCGCUCUAUUGACCUAGAAGUGCACUUAGACCAAAACGACCAACCUGUUCCUGUGUCCCCCGGAGCUUGUCGCCAAAAUCUCCCCUCUCAAAACUGGGAACAAACACUCUCUGGAGUAUCCAUAACUGAUGACCUAGUAGCCCAACUAACUAAUUCCCAGAAGUCGUCCAACAAGUUUGUCCAAAAGCCAGCUGUUCACAAAGUUGAACCGGUUCUUGUGAGAGAAAGCAUUUUCAGUGUUGGUGUCGAUUUGACAGACAAUCUUCUGAUGGCGUUGACCAAAUCUGGGAAGCGCUCAUCUCGCUUGGAUGAUUCCAAACCAUCUAUUCAGAGACUUGCUGUUCAAGUGACUAAUAGGAAUCAGUAUUGCUACAGGACUAAGCAGCUGCUUGGUUUCCAUGCACUGAAGCGGAGGCAACUUGCGCUGGCCGGAUACAGAGUUGUAGAGUUGCCGCACUGGGAAUGGUUUCCCUUGCUGCGUCGCUCACAUGCCGAGAAAUUCGCCUAUCUGCACUGCAAGAUAUUUAGCAGCACGGACUCCAAAAAACAGACUGAUUGAAUUCUCUGCAUUUAUGAACAACCAGGUCUUACUCUACCUAUACCUGACGUUUAUGCUUCAUACUAAACCACAGCACUGAAGUGUUUUUGUGGUGUUCUGAUGAAAUUAUUUUGUAAAUGACUGUAUUGUUGCACAUCUGAAAGUCAAUAAAAGACAGUGUUUAUUUA